UUUUUUUCUUUUUCCCCUCCCAAACCCGCCCUCUUCUCCUUUUCUUCAUCUCCACGACUUGGAACGAUCUUUUUCAUUGCGACAAACGGCACGCUCGCUACGACCGGAUUCGAUACCCUACCUGUACUGAGACGAAUUCCUCCGCCUUCCACUCCCCCCCUGAACUCCUCGAGUCGCACCUACCAGAUUGACCCGUGUCGCUAUACGAAAGCCCAAGUCAUUGCGAUUACGAGCGCGAGGAGCAGCAAGGCGCCAUGGCUGACUUAGGGGGCCAGCAAGGCCGGAAUUACCGGCCUUACGGACACCCUUCUGCCUUCCAACGUGAUGCUGCAUACUCCGAGAUCUUUGGCGGUGCUCCGCCACCGGGACGCUCGCAGACGAUGACAUCCCAGACUCCCCAGUUCUCUCAGGAUCGAGCUCACACGAUGUCAUCACACGUCCCACAUCCACAGAUGCAUCGAGGUCCGCCACCGCCCGCACGCCAGAUGCAGAAUGGAUAUUCAUCGGGGGCUCCCAACGGAUACUACCAAGCCUACUCCGGCAGCGCAGCACCUCCAGCUUUCCAGCAGUCUUCACAGCACCCCGCACGGCCCUACCCCGGACGCUCCGCUUAUCCGCAGCCCCAACGGUUGGAUUCUCGACCGAACACGGGACCACAAUACCCAGACCCAAAGGGCUACACUAGGACAAUGCCGGCCCAUCCCGCCCUGAACUCGGACUCGAACCGGUCACGGUCAAUGGCGAAGAUGGGUGGUCCCCCAAUGUAUCAACCCUCUUUGAGCAGCUUCAAUCACACUUCUGCCAAUGCAAUUCGUCAGCAGCAGUACACCGCGGCGGCUCCGAUGACAGCUCAAGGGCGUCCCGUCCCUGAAAGGAAUCCGAACGAGCGCGCCAUGUCGUUGACCACGUACCCGACGGAUCGAGAUCACGCCUACACGACAAGCACAGGGCGAGUAAUUCCACCCAGGAGGCAACCAUCCGGACCCCCUAGCCAGGCCCCAGUCAAUGGCUACCCACCUGAGCCACCCAGCGCCCAGAAUGUUAACGGUAGGCCUCGCCCACCCAGCGAUGGGUCCACAAACUCGCGCUCCAUGUCGAUGGCAUCAACCGUCGUGCCGGAUCGAACGAUGAGCAUGCAGAGUACUGUGGCUGGGAAGCCAAGCAAUCAGCCCGGUCUUGCGCAAAGCAACUCGCGUCGCAGUAAGGUUCCGUUGGUGUAUCCAGCUCUGCUCUCGCGUGUUGCCGAUGUUUUCCGUGAGCGAAUUACACUCUCAGAACUACAAAAGAACGGACUGUCAUAUCAAAACGCAUUUACCGGUGCCCACGCAGUGGAUCUAAUUGCACACAUCAUUAAGACCAAUGAUCGGAAUCUGGCUCUGCUAUUGGGCCGCGCGCUGGAUGCGCAGAAGUUUUUCCACGAUGUGACGUACGACCAUCGCCUCCGAGAUGCGCAGGGCGAAAUUUACCAAUUCAAGGAGACAAUGGGAGAAGAGGCGCCAAGCUCGGAGGUCAAUGGUGUAUUCACACUGCUCAGUGAGUGCUAUUCGCCGACGUGUACGCGGGAUAGCCUGUGCUAUUCCAUCGCCUGCCCCAGAAGGCUCGAACAGCAGGCUAGGCUGAAUCUGAAGCCGCAGCCUGGGCUACGAUCGUCUGCUUCGAAGGGCAGUCUGCACGGCGAUGACGAUGACAACGACAAUCAGAAACUCUGGAUCAAUAUGGUUCCUAAGGAGGUAUCAGACAGUAUUGACGAUCGCGAAAAGAAACGUCAGGAGAUCAUCUUUGAGAUCAUGUACACAGAGCGUGACUUUGUCAAGGAUUUGGAGUAUCUGCGAGACUUCUGGAUGAGGCCCUUGCGGGCCGCGGGCAAUGCCACUACCUCGCCUAUUCCCGAGCAUCGGCGUGAGAAAUUCAUCCGGACGGUCUUUGGCAAUUGCUUGGAGGUCCUGAAGGUCAACGGUGGAUUGUGCGAGGCCUUAAAUGCUCGACAGAAGGAAAGCCAUGUUGUCAAGACGGUCGGUGAUAUUUUCCUUCAGCACGUGCCACGAUUCGAUCCGUUCAUCAAAUAUGGUGCCAAUCAGCUGUACGGCAAAUAUGAAUUCGAAAAGGAGAAAGCGUCGAAUCCGGCAUUUGCGAGAUUCGUAGAGGAAACGGAACGUCUCAAGGAGUCGCGCAAGCUCGAAUUGAAUGGUUAUCUGACCAAGCCGACCACGCGUCUCGCCAGGUAUCCACUCCUACUGGAGCAGGUCUUCAAAAACACAGCCGAGGAUAGCCCAGACCGCCAAGAUAUCCCCAAAGCCAUUGCUCUGAUCAAGGAUUUCCUGUCUCGUGUCAACGCAGAGAGUGGUAGGGCUGAGAACCACUUCAACCUGGUGCAGCUCAAUGCUGCGCUGAAGUUUGGUCCUGGCGAUUACGUGGAUUUGAAGUUGACGGAAGAGAACCGGCAGAUGUUGUCGAAGAUGGCGUUCAAGAAAACGCCAACAGACAGCUCCGAGGUUACCGCAUAUCUCUUCGAUCACGCAGUUCUCUUGGUCAGAAUCAAGGUUGUCAACAAGCGUGAGGAGUACCGCGUAUAUCGGAAACCUAUUCCGCUAGAGCUGUUGGUCAUUGCCCAGAUGGAUGAGGUAAUACCCAAGGUGGGAAUUCCCAAACGGCCGUCGUCCAGUCUUCUCUCCAACAAGGCUGCAGCAAAUCCUCCCACUACUAAGGAUGGUCUUCCUAUCACUUUCAGGCAUCUUGGCAAGGGCGGUUACGAGCAGACGUUGUACGCUACAUCAACCACUCAGCGCCGGAAAUUCAUCGAAUUGGUAGAAGAGCAGCAGCGGAAGCUCAGGGAGCGCAACAGCAACUUCUACAAUAAGACAGUUCUCUGUGAGAACUUCUUCACAUCUGUCAACCGUGUUAACUGCCUUGUUCCAAUUGACGGAGGUCGAAAAUUGGUCUACGGUACGGACAGCGGUAUCUAUCUCUCCGAACGUUGGCCGAAGGACAAGUCAGCAAAACCUCGGCGGGUUCUUGAUGUCAGUCAGGUCACUCAGAUAGAUACAUUGGAGGAGUAUCAACUGCUUUUGGUUCUGUCGAACAAGACACUAUCCUCUUACCCCAUGGAUGCGCUCGAGAUUCAUGAAGGCCAGAACACUAUUGCGAAGCGACCUAAGAAGAUUCAAGGUCACGCGAACUUCUUCAAGGCCGGUAUUGGACUCGGACGUCAUCUGGUGUGCUCCGUCAAAACCUCCGCUUUGUCGACCACCAUCAAGGUUUAUGAGCCUAUGGAUAAUCUGGCGAAGGGUAAGAAGAAGUCGGCUGUCAGCAAGAUGUUCCAGAGUGGACAGGACACACUGAAGCUCUUCAAGGAAUUCUACAUCCCUGCGGAGUCUUCCUCGAUCCAUUUCCUUCGCUCAACACUCUGUGUGGGCUGUGCCCGAGGCUUUGAGGUUGUCAGUCUCGAAACCACCGAAACACAGUCUCUGCUCGAUCAGGCGGAUACAUCUCUUGACUUCGUUGCACGGAAGGAGAAUGUGAAGCCGAUCCACAUUGAACGCUUGAACGGCGAAUUCCUCUUGAACUACAGCGACUUCUCAUUCUUCGUCAACCGCAACGGAUGGCGUGCCCGUUCCGACUGGAGAAUCUCCUGGGAGGGCAAUCCGAACGCAUUUGCACUUUCUUUGCCUUAUAUUCUCGCUUUCGAACCCAAUUUCAUCGAAAUCCGUCACAUUGAAACGAGCGAGCUGGUGCAUAUCAUGACUGGAAAGAACAUUCGCAUGUUGCAUUCGUCGACCCGAGAAAUUCUUUAUGCCUAUGAAGAUGAAUCAGGAGAGGAUGUGGUCGCCAGCUUGGAUUUCUGGAACAAGCCACAACACUGAGUCAUCAAUCAGUAAAAACCACUUAUACGGGUGGAAGUGAAGCAGAAGAUGCGAGGAGAGACAGUGUCAUGUUCUAUAUUCGUCCCAAGUGUCACUUCUUUUGCUGCGCUUAGAAAGGCCUUUGUUUUUACUAUCCCGGUCGGCUCAAAAGCGGC